CCGAGGUCCCCGCCCCCCCGGAGAGUUGGCGCCCGCGGAGCCCGCCCGCUGUGGCCGUCCCUGUCCCUGUCGCUGUCGCUGUCGCCUGUCGCCGUCGCGCCGUGAGCGCCCCGCUGUCCCAGCCAUGCCGGGCCCGGCCGCCGCCGCGGGGCACGUCCCGCACCGCAGCGCCGAGGGGCAGGCCCGGCCGGGGGCGGAGGGCGCGGGGCAGGGCGGGCGGCGGCGCAUCGUCUGGAGGAACGUGGUGCUGCUGGGCCUGCUGCACGCGGCCGCCCUGUACGCGCUGGCGCUGGUCCCCGCCGCGCGGCCGCUCACGCUGCUCUGGGCCUACUUCUGCUUCCUCCUGAACGCCCUGGGUGUGACAGCCGGUGCCCAUCGCUUGUGGAGCCACAGGUCCUACAAGGCCAAGCUGCCCCUGAGGAUAUUCCUGGCUGCUGCCAACUCCAUGGCUUUCCAGAAUGACAUCUUCGAGUGGGCCAGGGACCACCGAGUCCACCACAAGUACUCGGAGACCGACGCGGACCCUCACAACGCUCGCCGGGGCUUCUUCUUCUCGCACAUCGGGUGGCUGUUUGUGCGCAAACAUCAGGAUGUCAUUGAGAAGGGGAGAAAGCUUGACCUCACCGACCUGCUGGCGGAUCCUGUGGUCCGAUUCCAGAGAAAGUACUAUAAGAUCACCGUGGCGCUCAUGUGCUUCCUGAUCCCCACGAUGGUGCCCUGGUGCUUCUGGGGGGAGAGUCUGUGGAACUCCUACUUCUUGGCUUCCAUCCUCCGCUACACCAUCUCCCUCAACAUCACCUGGCUGGUCAACAGCGCUGCCCACAUGUACGGGAAUCGGCCCUACGACAAGCACAUAAGCCCCCGGCAGAACCUGCUCGUCACUCUGGGUACCAUUGGUGAAGGCUUCCACAAUUACCACCACACCUUUCCCUUUGACUACUCCGCCAGUGAAUUCGGCUUAAAUUUCAACCCAACCACCUGGUUCAUUGACCUCAUGUGCUGGCUGGGGCUGGCCACGGACCGCAGACGGGCAACCAAGCCGAUGAUCGAGGCCCGGAAAGCCAGGACUGGAGAUGGGAGCUCGUGAACGUGGGGCCGCCGUCCGCUAUGUCUGCCAUCGACACCUGAGUUCAUGGCUCCUGUUACUGUAGUUCUCUUGCGUUGGAUGUGGGUGGGGGCAGAGGGUAGGGAGGAAGCAGAAUCUAUGGGGUUUGGGAACUUUCUCUUUGUCUCAAAAUAAUGUCAACUGUCAAUGAAAAACAUUUUAAUGUCACCGUAACUAUGAUUUAACAUUAGAGUGUAAGACGUGAUUUAGUCGCCGUAGCUACAGUACCUCAAACACACAUGGUCUCGUGCUUGUACGUGAUGUUGACCCUGACAGGAUGAAGGAGCUUAACACUGUCUCGGGGUGAUUCAGGCGAGCGUUAAUUUUCUUUUCUAGCAGCAAACCCAGCGCUGUUCUUAAACCCAUCAUCCGAAGGAGCAGAGAGGCAGCGCAGAAGACAGAAGAGUGGGUCCAGGGGCGCCUGGGUGGCUCAGUGGGUUGAGCCGCUGCCUUCGGCUCGGGUCGUGGUCUCGGGGUCCUAGGAUCGAGUCCCGCAUCGGGCUCUCUGCUCAGCAGGGAGCCUGCUCCACCCGCUCUCUCUCUCUGCCUGUCUCUCGGCCUGCUUGUGAUCUCUGUCUGUCAAAUAAAUAAAUAAAUAAUCUUAAAUAAAUAAAUAAAUAAAUAAAGAAGAGUGGGUCCAAGUGUCUAAAGAAUGUCUCUGCUUUGUAAUUCCUGCGUGUGUGUACGUGUGGUGCUGUUGCUUAAGAGAGCGGAACACUUUGAAAGACAACGGCACGGGAAAGGGCUCUCAGACUCUCUUUUUCCCUGUUUGAGCUUAUUAAUGCUCCACUGUCUCGCUCCAGAAGAGAUCUGCCCGGUGCCCAGUCCGGGUCAGGUCCCCAUCACGCCCAGCCCGUCCUACGCUUCGGUGCCCGUUUGGCUGUUUGGUUCUGCUAUAGAAUUAAGUUCAAAUCAAGGUCUCGUUUCAGUGUUAGACACCAGAUUCGUACUCUAAUCGGUCCCAGCCGCUGAGGCAAGUGCUUCCACUACUCCUGCUAAAUAAGCAUCUCAGUUUUCCACACCAGGCAUCAGAUCUUAGUAACAACAGUUACCCAGAACUCAGCGUCUGCUAAUGUUUCCCCUGCCUGCGGCCCUCCUUGAUUUUGCAGCAAAACAUAAAGCGAUCAUCAUGUAGCUUUGGAUUUAAAAAAUCUUCCGUGUGUUAAGUCGCCUUGUAAGGAGCACGUUGAAUUAACGGGACAGCGUCUCCUUUGUGUCGGUUGUCAGCGCAAAAGGAUGUUGGAGCUCCUUGAGGAUAAAUCUUUUCAGGAAAGAUGUAGGGACUUAAAACUUUGGAAAAAAGAAGGGGUGCUAGUAGGAGAUCAUCAGAAUGAAGUUCUUCACCCAGCAGCUGUUGGACACUGUUGUCUUGCCAUUAAUAAUGUACGAAC